AUGAAGUUGGACUCAAUUAUUCUUUGCAUAAUCUUUACGGCGACGGGCGUUGUCGAAGGCGCUUCUCGUAACAAAAUGGUCUUGAAUACGACUACCUACACAGCAGCAACCCCUCGCUAUGAUAAGAGUUCCCUCCCGCGAGCAUCUGAUGCCAAGCCAACUUGCUCCUUUCAAUAUGGGUUGGCCCAUGUUAAUGAGACAGUCACCAACAUUGGCCAUCUCUCCGAUGUUGCUAAUAUUACGUGCAGUGCGCCUGCAGCUAGUUGUGCGCGUGUGUCUCAUGAAGGGGAAUCCUCAAUAUUCUUCUGCAACUUUAUUAUUGAUUUGAGCGUACAGGAAAGUCAGGACAUAGAGACGAGGUGUGGAAAUCUUAUUCAACCCGCCAAGCAGGUCUCCGACGCCUGUAGUAUAGGCAACAGCUAUACCUAUGGUUAUGUUUCGAGAAACAUAAGUAACGGGUCUCAAAGCCAUCCAGUUUUGGUGGCUAUUGGUGCCGAUUAUGCGUUUGCGCCCUAG